CCAUCUCAGACUAGUGGCUUGUGCUCUCCUCGUGCCACUCUUGUGUUAGGGUUGUGCGCUCCCUUUUCUGGUCUCAACUCUCAGCUCCUCUCAGUUCUCAGUUAUAACCAUGGGCAAAUCGUACCCUACCGUUAGUGCCGAUUAUCUCAAGGCCGUGGAAAAGGCCAAGAAGAAGCUCAGGGGUCUGAUCGCCGAGAAGAACUGUGCUCCGAUCAUGCUCCGUUUGGCGUGGCACUCUGCUGGGACUUAUGACGUGAAGACCAAGACCGGUGGUCCCUUUGGCACCAUCAAACACCCAAAUGAACUGGCUCACGGGGCCAACAACGGGCUUGAUAUUGCUGUUCGGCUUUUGGAGCCCAUCAAGGAGCAGUUUCCCAUCUUGACCUACGCUGAUUUCUACCAGCUGGCUGGUGUGGUAGCUGUCGAGGUCACUGGUGGGCCCGAAAUUCCUUUCCACCCCGGAAGAGAGGACAAGCCAGAGCCACCUCCGGAGGGCCGCUUGCCUGAUGCCACUAAGGGUUCUGAUCAUCUGAGGGAUGUGUUUGGCCAUCAUAUGGGGCUCAGCGAUCAAGAUAUUGUUGCUCUCUCCGGUGGUCACACCCUUGGAAGGUGCCACAAGGAACGUUCUGGAUUUGAGGGUCCCUGGACGUCCAACCCUCUGAUUUUUGACAACUCGUAUUUCAAGGAACUGUUGUCUGGUGAGAAAGAAGGCCUCCUGCAGCUGCCAUCUGACAAAGCACUCCUGUCUGAUCCAGUAUUCCGCCCGCUGGUUGAGAAAUAUGCAGCGGAUGAAGAUGCGUUCUUUGCUGAUUAUGCCGAGGCACAUCUAAAACUCUCUGAACUUGGGUUUGCUGAGGCAUAAGCAGCUGGAAUCGAGACAAAACUGCCCGCCGCCUCGGUGGCAAGUGUUCCGCCCAUAUCUUGUUAUUUUGGUCUUUUGGUUUUCAGGAAGAAUGUCUAAGAUAUGCCCAUCUUGAGAUAUGUAUUUUGCCUGACCUGAACAGUGAUAGCAUGGUAGUUUCCUGUGAUGUUCAUUCUCUGUUAUGGGACAACUGUUCAAGUAAUUUUCAUCUCAUUUGAAGUUGAAUGGCAUUGAAAUAAUAAUACCCCUCGACUCGCC